UUACAAGUUGGAGGAAAAUUAGAGACAAAUAGGUAUUCCUUCAAGGCCUAAAAAAAAAAACGAAAAACUCAGGUACCCUUUUCACGCUUGAACCUGCCGCCAGGUGUGAACACCCUUUCAACCACCCUUAUUAUAAUGAUAACAAAGCAAGGUAGAACACUAUAAACACAUGAUUCGUCAUCCGCGAAUACUGAAUGAAUUGAUUUUUUCAAACUACCUAAUCGAUAAGAGCUUUUAAAUAUCCUAACAUACGCUUCUUCUCACGGUUUUUACACUUUUUUAUUCCAUUUUUCCUGCAAUUCAAUACCUGCCAUUCGAUUAGUAGACCAAUCAUGUUUGCGACUUGAAGUGUAAAUAAUCAAUAAUUAAAAAUGGGUUUACUCGCAGUACUGAGAAGGUUCAGAUCAUCUUCGAGUAAAGAAUUAAGGAUUCUCUUACUUGGAUUAGAUAACGCAGGAAAAACUACUCUACUCAAGAAACUGGCUUCCGAAGACAUUAGUCAUAUUACACCCACACAGGGAUUCAAUAUAAAAUCAGUUCAAACCGAAGGUUUCAAAUUGAACGUUUGGGAUAUCGGUGGUCAACGUAAAUUACGACCUUAUUGGAGGAAUUAUUUUGAAAAUACUGAUUUUUUGAUUUAUGUCGUCGACAGUUCAGAUAGGAAAAGAUUGCAAGAAACUGGAUACGAAUUAAAUGAGCUUUUAACGGAUGACAAAUUAAACGGUGUACCCAUAUUAGUAUUUGCGAAUAAGCAAGAUUUAAUGCAUGCUGCCUCGGCUGCUGAAAUAGCUCAUUCGUUAAAUUUACAUCUGAUUAAAGAUAGGCCAUGGCAAAUUCAAGCUUGUUCUGCUGUAUUGGCUGAAGGAAUAAAGGAGGGAAUGGAAUGGAUCAGUCAGAAUAUAAAGAAAAAGUGAUCGUUUACUAUUGGUUAAUUAAUAAGUUUUAUCGCACAAAUUAUCGCACAAUUGCAAAGCCCUUGUUGUGAUCUUUUUAUAGUCAUUUUUUAUGAGUAAGUGAUGCAAAUGCACUUUACGUGUCUUUCGUUUUAAAUGUGCCUUAUAAAGACGUUAUAAAUUAAAAAAUGUAAAGCAUCCUAUUUUGUUUUGGUACCUAAAAAUAAAAAUUAAGAUUUUUUUUAAAAAAAGUUUGUUUUAUUCAAAAGCAUAAAACAUAAAUAAUAGGUACCUAUAUCCAUGUUUGAAAUUACCAUGAUGUAAUGUCUUGGAAUCAUGUUGUUUUUUAUUUUUUAUUACUUAUUAUUCUGUAUUUAAAAUACCCAAAAAUAUCUAUUUCAAACUGUGAAUCGAAAAAUUGAGAAACAAAUUUUGAAUUUAAAAAAAAAAAAUAAAAAAUGUUUUAUUACAUAUAUGUAGUUGGUAUUUUUGUAAUAAAUGUUAUUAAUUUUAAGCUCGUCUUACUUUCAACAGUAUUAAAAUUACCGGUAAAUUUUUACGGUAUGAAAUAUUUACAUUAAUUGGUGUUAUUUAAUUUUCACAUUUUUAACAAAAUAAUUAUUUCUAUACAUUCUUAUAGGAACAACUAACUGCAUUUGAAAAAAAAAGUAUCACAUAUGUACAUAAUAAAAUUUCAAAUUUAUUUUGUUUGUUGUCAAGUUUGUAUUAAUUCGAUGCUGUGAUUUUCGAAUCCGUCCUAAUAUAAUAUUCAAUUCAUCACUUUGUACUGGUGUUUUAUUCAAAACAAAAUCGAAGGUGAAGCUUUUUUUUUUUUUUUGAAAAAUAACCUUUGUCCAUAGGUAUAUUUUUUGAUGGUAUGGUGUAAAUUGUAAAAUCUCAUGUAGUAUUUUGUAUUGUAACUACGGGUAUAUAAAAAAAAAAAAAAAAAAAAACUUCAACGUUUCAAUAAGUAAUAAAAUUACAUACGAGUAA